UUCACAGAAAGUGGGACACCUGGGUCCCCCAAAGUCAGGAUGAGCUGUCAAGGGUAUGUCACUCUUCGUCCCACCCUACCUUCUCUUUGACAUUUGGAUUAAGUGUCCAUGGUGGAGGCCUCCAGGAUAGUUGGGCCUCAGGACAAUGUGACUCAUGACUGCUUCUCCACUGUGCUCUUCUCCAGCCAGGGCCACCAGGACCGGAGAGGAAGGGGGACGGUUUUGGGUGGAGGGCAAAGCUUUUUGCCCUGGUAUGGGCCACACCCUAGCCCCUUGGACAGAAGCACUGGGGACAAAUUGGAAGACAUCAGAGUGGCUCCAGCUUUUACCUCUUUCCCCACCAACAGCCCAAGCUUCAUCUUUCCCUCUGCCCUCCUCUGCCCUGUGGAGCUGCGGCAUUAAUAAUCCAGACGCCUCCGUCCUGCGCAGCCACCUCACCGAGUGCUGUGUGUAUUUGUCAGAGUGGGCAGGCGGCCUCCAGCCCCGAGGGGUGUGAGUGAGGACACUGGUCAGCCGGGGGAAGGAGCCGGGCCACCCUUCCUUGCUAGGCCGGCUGGAGGCAGUGGCAGCUCUCAGGUGUGGGCUGGGGUUUUCAGGCUGGGACCUGCGGGCCUUCCUGGAGGACUGGGGGAGGCAGGUCCCUCCCUGAGGCUGUUAACCUUGGGGAGGCUGCAGGGGUAGGAGAAUCGGAGGGUCAGCAGCCCAGAGAUGCAUUCUGUCUUACACUCCUCCAGGUCCUCCCUGCUGGGUCCCCUACCACAGUGCCCUUUCAUACCUGGAACUUAGCCACCUGGCCUGCCCAGAAAUGGAGAGGCUGUCCUCAUACACCCAGCCCUACUGUAUCUGUUGGCUUUGACUCUUGGACCUGUGCUGCCCUGACCCCUUCUGUUCCUGAAGCAGUUGAGUGGCCCACACCACGCCGGCCUUUGAUGUCUGCUGGGUGGAUGAGGCCAUUGCUGGCACUCCCUCCCUAGGUUUGGCUCCUGCCCCGCAGGCAGACAGUGCAAAUCAUAGGCCUUAAGAGAGCUGGAGCUCUGGAGCCUAUUUUAGACCUGAGCACCCCCUUCCUCUCUCGUUCCACUUAGAUCCCAGCCAGGACUUGGGCGGAGGCUGCAGUCUCACAGAAUGGAGAAGGGUAUAGGGAUCUGGACAGCCCCCUAGGGCAGGGGCCAGGGGUGAUGUCAAGAGCCUGGCAGCCUCUGAUUGUGGCUGUCCUCCUUCAUCACUCCCAACCACAGUAUCCUUUGGGGUUUGGCCUACAGAGCCAGGGCAGAUGACCCCCAAUUAGCCCUGGCCGCUUCCCCAUGCCCUGCUUGACCAUGUGGGCGUAGCCCCCUCAUCUCUGGGGUGGUAUAAAGAGUGCUGGAGUCAGGAAGAGGCAGACCAGUUCCAGCAGCAGUCCUGACAGUGCCAACGGACACCAUGAGGACCCUCACACUGCUUGCCCUGCUGGCCCUGGCUGCACUCUGCCUCGCUGGUCGGGCAGAUGCGAAGCCCAGUGGUGCAGAGUCUGGCAAAGAUACAGCCUUCAUGUCCAAGCAGGAGGGCAACAAGGUGGUGAAAAGACCCAGGCGCUUCGUGGACAAUGGGCUGGGAGCCCCAGCUCCCUACCCGGAUCCCCUGGAGCCCAAGAGGGAGGUGUGUGAGCUCAACCCGAACUGUGACGAGCUGGCUGAUCACAUCGGCUUCCAGGACGCCUACCAGCGCUUCUACGGGACCCCAGCCUAGGUGUCUGUGCUGGCCGUGGCAGCCCUGCUCUGGCUCUGCGCCAGGACUCCUCCCUCGCCUCCCCCUCGGUCCCUCUGCCCUGCCAGUGUGGGCAUCCCAGCUGGUCCAAAAUAAAGUCCAGAGGAGGAAUUGA